AGAGUCCCCCAUCUCUUUCCGAGUACAUAAAAAGCGAGAGAAAGAAAGGGAAAGUGGUCACGAGAUAUAUGGCGGGCCUUUCUUUUGAAAAAGGAAGAGGAAGAAGUCUCUCUCCUCACUGAAAACCCAAACCCUCUCGAUCCCACGUUCCCCCCCACCACCACGUUCACUCACCUCCCCCCCUAACCGUCCCCUGACUCCUCCAUCAUCACCAUCAACCUCCUCUGUUUCUUCUUUCCUGCGAUCCUGAAGCUGCUUCCCACCCUCAAGAGCAGAGCUUUUCGCCCGAAUUAUGAAGCUGGGCAGAUCGAGAACGAGGAGACGAAUCAAGCCCUUCUCGGGUGCUGCUCCGUCCUCGCCCCGCCCUUCUUUGCUGUCUUCCUGGCUGUUGAAGCUCAGGAAAAUCGGGGUCAAUCGCACCGACCACCGUCGAGGUCGCCCCGAUCAUGCUCUGAGGCCGGGGAGCUUGAGCCCCGCGGCGACGAGGCAUUACAAUUCUCCGUCGGAGGUGGUCUCUCCUCCGGAACGUGGCGGCGGCGUCGAGGGGGAAGAAGAGGGUCGGUUCUUGGAAGGCGAUGGUGGUUUCUGGAGGCUGUCCUUCAAAGGAGGGAGGAUGUUCGACUUGGAAGGGGAUUCCAGCGGAGAUUCGCUCGGGCCGAUUUGGUGCAGAUCAGACGGGGAGGAGGAGACCAACGAUUUUGAAGAGAUGGUGUCGGGUAUCAGGAGGAGGAGAGAUAGUCAGAGAAGAUCGAAGAGCUUGCCGGAGAUAAAAGUCGAGACCGCAGAGAGAGAAGCAGAGCUGAAGACUCCAAGAAGGAGAAAGGUCAAAAGGGAACGCAAAUUCGGAAUUAGGAGCGAUGAAAAGGUCUUGGAAGCGAAGAAUCAGGACCGCAUUCCGUCCAAUUAUUCGAUCUCAUCGCGAAAAUCGGUUGAAGACUGUGAAUUUCCUUUGAAAUCGAUUCCCGAGAUGCAGAAACCGGAGGAAACAAGCGACCGCGACGGCACGAGCAGAGAGAAACAGAGGAAAUCCCUCUACAUAAGCAGAAGGGAGCCACCACGGCGAAGGCUGAAGCAGAGCAGCGGGGUCCGAGUUCAUUCCCCGAGAACUGUCAGAAUCGAGGUGCGCAGGCCACGAUCGCUGGUCGAGGACGCGAAGAAGGCGAAUUCGAAGUCCACGGGGGCGAGGACGAAGACUAAGAAGGGCGGCGCGGGUAAUACCAAGGCCAACAGAUUGGAGAGGUUUGCGCUGGUGAAGUGCUCGUACGACCCACAGAGAGACUUCAGGGAGUCGAUGGUGGAGAUGAUCGUCGAGAGGCGGAUCCGGCAGUCGGAGGACAUGGAGGAGCUCUUGGCUUGUUACUUGACGCUAAAUUCGGACGAGUAUCACGAUCUCAUCAUCAAGGUGUUCAGGCAGGUCUGGUUUGAGCUGAACCAGGCUUGUUUUGACUGGUGAAUAAUUGCAGAGAGAGCACAGAUGUCGGUAUGGUUAGUUUAAUUUUGCUUCAAUACCAUCACUUAGGUAACUUUACGGCGAGAUGCAAUUGGCCGAUAUUAUGUAUAUGUAUACUCAAUGAAAUCAUCACCGAAAAGGCUCGGGUGUUAUCUUUUCACCGAAUUAGAACAAAAGAUAGUUCGA